AUGUAUUCAGGGACAGAAGUCCAGAUGGACGAAGCCAAGCAAGACCAAGUGGGCGGCGCCGGCCUCUACACUCUGGGACUGGCCUGCUGUAUAGGUAUCAGUGUCUGCGGCACGUACGCCCAGGAGGCUGAACCGGGCGAGAUUCGCUACGAUGCAUUCCUUGCCCAUCUAGCGGACGGCCCGCUCAUGGAGAAAACCUGGCAAUCCCUUAAGAGAAACGUUGAUCUGGCCAAAUCGAAUGGCUUGACUAAUCUGAAGAUACAGGUUUGCAUAGUAGAUCCUUCGACACUCAAAGAGGACAAUGGCAUGAAGUGGUCCCAGGCCUUGAUUGCUGAGCAGCAGAAGAUCAAUGAUGAUUAUAUCAUCAAGGCUACCAGCCUCCUUACCACUGGUUCGCAGAAGGUUGAUGUCCAUAGCCACCAUAUCAACAAGGAAGUCGACAUGCGCAUUACAAGUGAUCGAAGGAUGUUGAUUCUUGACGCUUGA